AUGGCCCCACAGCAAACAGGUAGCAGGAAGUGGAAAGCGCCUGCGACUGAGGCGGGCGCCUUGAGCUCGUCGUCUCAGGGCUCGGCAGCGCCGGGCGCAGAGGGACCGCUGCUGCCCAAGAAGCAGAAGCGGCCGGCGACGCGGCGCUCGCUGGUGCACUACCUGAAGGCCCGCGAGGUGGGCGCCAGGGGAGGCGCCGGGCUCUCGGGCUCCGAGGGCGAGCUGCGCGGCUAUGCGGUGCAGAAGCUGCCCGAGCUGUUGAGGGAGCGCGAGCUGGCCCUGGGCACCCUCAACAAGGUGUUCGCGUCGCAGUGGCUGAACGCCAGGCAGGUGGUGUGUGGCACCAAGUGUAACACCCUCUUCGUGGUGGAUGUGCAUUCGGGCCAGAUCACGCGCAUCCCCCUGCUGCGGGACCGGGGGCCCUGGUUGGCCCGGGCCCAGCCCACCUGCGGCAUCCACGCCAUUGAGCUGAAUCCCUCCAAGACUCUUCUGGCCACUGGGGGCGAGAACCCCAACAGCCUGGCGGUCUACCAGCUGCCCACCCUGGACCCCGUGUGCCUGGGGGACCGCCAUGGCCACAAGGACUGGAUCUUCACCAUCGCCUGGAUGAGUGACACAGUGGCUGUGAGCGGCUCCCGCGACGGCACAGUGGCGCUGUGGCGGAUGGAUCCCGACAUGUUCAGUGGCAGCAUCGCCUGGCACAACGACGCGGGGCUCCCUGUGUACGCCCACAUCCGUCCGAAGGACACGGAGACCAUCCCCAGGUCCAGCACCAGCCCCAGUAACCGCAAGGUGCGGGCUCUGGCCUUCAGCGGCAAGAACCAAGAGCUGGGAGCGGUGUCCCUGGACGGCUACUUCCACCUGUGGAAAGCCCGGAGCACUCUGUCCAGGCUGCUGUCCAUCAGGCUGCCCUACUGCCGAGAGAACGUGUGCCUGACCUACUGUGAUGAGUUGUCCCUGUACGCGGUGGGCUCCCAGUCCCAUGUCUCCUUCUUAGAUCCGCGCCAACGUCAGCAGAAUAUCCGGCCCCUGUGCUCCCGAGAGGGCGGCACGGGUGUGCGCUCGCUGAGUUUCUACCAGCACAUCAUCACAGUGGGCACGGGCCAUGGCUCCCUGCUCUUCUAUGAUAUCCGCGCCCAGAAGUUCCUGGAGGAGAGGGCCUCAGCCAGCCCGGACUCCUCUCCUGGGCCCUCGGGAAGGAAGCUCAAGCUCACCUGUGGCAGAGGCUGGCUUAACCAUGAUGACCUGUGGGUAAACUACUUCGGUGGGAUUGGCGAGUUCCCCAAUGCGCUCUACACGCACUGCUACAACUGGCCUGAGAUGAAGCUCUUCGUGGCUGGGGGACCUCUCCCUUCAGGCCUCCAUGGGAACUACGCAGGCCUCUGGAGCUAAGGAUGGCUGCUGUGUUCUCAAAGCGCCCAGAUUU